AUGUACCCACUGAAUAACACCGUGCACGUCAAGUUUGUGACUGAAGAUCACCGUGGCGCGGGUAACUUAACAACAGUGACGAACAGCUGCAUCGCCGGAUUUUCCUUGCGAGCCCUACGAGCUAACGAGACGGACAAAAUGGAAAUGCUUCGUCCGCCGCCACCUUUGUCCCUGACGGGGAACUUGGCUGAAAAUUGGCCAUCAGAUAUAGCCCUACUGGGGAGACAGGCAUGUGUGCAGUUGGACCUCAUACGAAAAGUAGACGCUCUCGCACCAUCAUCACCCACCACAAAGACUGAGCUCCUCAGCCGCUAUGCAUCAGUGUUUCAAGGUUUGGGCCAGUUUCCAGGAUUGCACCAUAUUCACACUGACCCGUCCAUUCCUCCGGUAAUACACGGCUGCAGGAAGAUACCAUAUGCAGUCCAUGACCGACUUAAAGAGACACUAGAUGACUUGGAGAAAAGGGGUGUCAUAAGCAAAGUGUCUAAACCUACUGCAUGGGUUAGCAGUCUCUGCAUUACAGAAAAGAAGAACGGCGCACUGAGAGUCUGCCUGGACCCCAGAGACCUAAACAAGGCCAUACUCCGCCAGCACUACAAUAUUCCCAAUCUGGAGGACAUACGGAGUAAAGCUAGCCGGCAAAACGUUGUUCACCAUCCUGGAUGA